AUGAAAGCUGCCUUGAUGCACGGGUUGCUGGUUGUAGCGUUCGUAUGCAUGCAGUUGUCCCAAUACGAAUCAGCAAUGACACAUGACGACGCCUUUUAUGCGAGAGUCUUGGGAAGCGACCCCGGUAUAUGCGGUGCUUGGUACAGAAACCGUAGCAAAACGGAAGAAGUUAUAAAAUGCGUUUUAGGAAAGGUGCCAGAGGUCGUAAAAACGAAAUGGGAAGAUUAUAUGGACAAUAAUUGUCUAACCGAAACCGAACUUGUUAGCGAAAUGUGCAACCUCACAACAAUAAUGCCUAGCAGCUUCGUUUGGUAUGGGAACGAAUCGUCGACGAGAACAUACAAUAACCAAGCCGAGAAGGCUGGUAUUGAGUGCACAGCAAACAUAACCGGCUGGAACACCAAAUCCCUAACCGUGGCUGCACCUUCCCAAGUGUGA